AUGGAUUCAAACAAACCCACUCUGCCGUUGAAACCCUCUUCCUCCGUUCCGUCGCAGCACCAUGUCCCACCGGUAAAUGCAGUCGCAGGUGGCGACGGCAGCCGCAACGACGACGACGACAUGAGCGGGCCGCUGUCACCUCCGCACACCGGGUCCUCGGCAGCCGCCUCGCUAUCGCAGACCAGGGUGCCGUCGAUGGAAGUUCUCUCCCCACGCGGCGUGUUCCAACAGCUGCGUGAUGCACAUCGCGAAGGCGCGCAAAGCGUCACAACCCCCAUAACGGUGAUUGGCACCCCGACCGUGGGUCGGGUCUCACCCAUGACGCGGUUUCGUGGUGAUCGGCAGCGCCCCGGUGCGGGUCUGCGCAGUCACAGCCCCACCGGCUACGAGAGCGACGACUCGGUGCCUCUCAACCUGCUGCCUUCGCCGGCGUACCGGACCUCCCCCACUACCUCACUCGACGCCUUUCCGGCUGUUCGCCCGAAGCGGCAACACAGCGUCAUCGCAACGGAGGGCAAGCGCUACAAGCCAGUCGCAGAUCACCCGUUGCCGAACCGGUCUUUUUACCCGUUUGCCACAGCUGCCGCGUUGCCCCUCACGUCAUUCAGCAGUCCCCUUCGCCAGGACGAUAGCCGCAUCCCGGAGAGCGAGCGCAACAUGAGUUUACUCGCAGCCGCUGCGGUUCCCUCAGUGAGUCAAGGAGAUCGAGUCUCCUCUGAGGGGCGAGACAACAUUGUGAAGGCGUACUUGCGCGGGGACACUGUCGAGGACUCUGAAAGCGACGCGAACAAUCCAAUCAACAACUUCACCUUUUUUGUCGGUGCUUCAGAUGCCGACAGGUCGUCGUCGGCGUCCUCCGGCGAAGACGAGGAUGUGGCUGGAGGGAGAGCGAGUGCGAGAAGGCCGACACGCGAGGCACACUCCACGGCAUCGAAAAGCAGCUUCCUCGGCUCGACGGCGGGGAAUGAGCCCGGCGAGUUUGUGGCGAACAAAUCGAUGACACGCCCGUUGGACGUGCGCGAGGCGGAGAAGUUUGUCGAGACGCUGAAGCGCUCUUUCGCCAUCCAGCGCAACCGCAACGCCCCCAGCUUAGUCGCAACGCCGAUGAUGCGUGGGGAUGGCGUACUGCCGGACGGCGGUGGGGAGGUAUCCAGCGGCGGCCGCAUCUCCCCCUUUGGCGAAAAGCAGUCUAGCACGACGUUCCCAACUGGCGGUGGUGACGGCUGGGGCGGCAUGCCCAUCGCAGACUUUGCUUUUGACGAGGAGAAAGCGCAAGACAACUACAUGCGUCAGCCGAUGCACGAGGCGCUGCGCUGCGUAUCGCGGGAAAACUUAGAUGACGACACCGUUAGUUUCAAGGCGGCGUGGGAGAGCCUGAAGUCGGAGGCGUUCUCGCGCAACAUCCUUUUCGGCUUUCGGGUCACCGCCUUUGCGGUCUUUCCUACCUUCCUACUGGUGGAGCACCCAAAGACGAGGGAUUAUUUUGUGGCCGGCGCGCUGGUGCCGAUCAUUGCGGGUCUCUUUGUGCGGCCUAGCCUCGGUGCGAUGAUGUUCAUGAUUGCGCUUGCCCUCCAGGGUAUGCUGUUCUUCAUGACGUGGGGUGUCGUGCUGAACGCCGUCGGUGUGGUGAACAGCCCAGGCGGUUGGUGGUGCUGCGUCUUCUUCACCACUUUCUCCGUGUCCUUGUUGGGCCAGGUGGCGGCGAAGCGCCUCAUGAUGGUGUACACGCUUAUCAUCAUGCAGAUGGAGCACUCCCCUGGCGGGGACGAGGUGGAUUUUGCGUGUCGCUUCGCAUGGAACUUCAUCGUUGCCUGCUGCUUCGCGCUCCUGGCGACUAUUCUCCCGUAUCCGACGUUCACCUACCGACAGGCGAAUGAGGGCAUUAAAAGCUUGCACAAGCUGUACAGCGCCGGUGUGGGGAAUGCCAUGAAAAGCUUCUGGGCUCCGGUGCGGAUGGAUGCGAAGAUGGCGCUCUCGCAGAUCCCGUUCAACAAGAUCAGCGGACUGACAGCCACCGUGCGAGUGGCCGUGAACUUCUCUUCCUACGAACCGACGGAGUUUAAUCUGAACAACACCCUGCGUGGUCAGCGACUGGCGAUGCUGCAGCGGAUUAAGAUGCACAUUUACGCCAUGUCCGCCGCGUCCGGGCAGCGCUUGUCCAACUCGCACUCUGUCCACCGCAGCCAGGUGCGGAAUGAGAUCAAGGAGUUCGAAAAGCGCAUGCAAGGCCCCGCGAUGAAGCUGGCCGCGGAGGUGAUGAAGGUGUUGACGCAGGUCGGCGCCUAUAUUGCCGCGAAGGACGUUGUCGCCAAUGUGAGCUUCGACGCCAUGGCGGAAAGCGCGAUGAUUUUUUCCGACUUCAUGGAGAAAGAAAGGAUGGAGAUGCUCUUCCUGCGCAAGCUACCCGUGGAGGAGACGAACGCGUGCCUGCAGUGCUUUGCCUUUCACUUCAGCCUCAUCGACAUUGCGACGGAGUUGCAGCGGUUUGAGCAGGCAAUGAAGAAUUUUGAUCCCGCACAGUACCCCUCGAUGCUGCGCCGCGCGUUGAACUUCUUCUUCCUGGAUCUGUGGAACAACUUCUGGGAUGAGCUGCCGCACCGACUGACGCUCGACCGUCCGUACGAUGUCCGUCUUCUAAAGGACUCCUUUCGCUACGCCGGUGCCUUCACUGUGGCCUGCGCCUUUACGCUCAACUACGACAAGAACAACGUGUACUUCUUCGGCAUGGCUAUUCUCCUGCGUCUGGCCCAGCAGACCGCGUCGGAGACGCUUGCGAUGGGUACGAACCGUAUCUGUGGUCUCUGCAUCGGUGCCUCGCUGGCCUAUAUCACCGUCAACAAAACCCACAACCUCACGGAGCUCACGCUGCUGUCCAUGGUCUGGUGCUUCAUCGCGAUGUGCUUUUCGCAGCAUCCGAAUUACGGCUUUGGCGCGCAGUAUGUACUGGUGACGUGCAUUGCCGGCCUCCGACUUGCCUCUACCCCGACUCUGCUGCUCAAUCGCAUCACCGAUAACGUGUUCGCCUUCAUUUCGUACUACAUCAUCUGCACCUUCAUCUUUCCGGUGGACCCGAUCCGGGUGCUGUGGAACACGCGCACCAAAUGCUUCAUCAGCAUGAACGACCUCGCGCAGACCAUCGUGACGAUCGGCUGUGCGCCGAUCACGAUGGACGGCAAAGAGGUCGACUUCCUCAUCGCCAAGGCGCGUGCCACCGUCUCGUCACAGCAGCUCCUGUUGAAGGCGUACGCGGAGUGGAUGGGCAAGUCAGCGACGGAGCCGACACUCCGUGGCGGCGUGUACCCCGCGGCGGCGUGCGCGCGCCUGCGACUCAACUUGAAUGAAAUCGCGUCGCUGGAGGAAGCGCUGGUGGGGGGAGUGGCUCGCCUCCACCGGCCACGUGAGCAGCCGCCGAGUGUGGUGCUGCGCGAUAUGCUGGAGCUGACACGGCCCUUUCUCUUAGAUGCCGGCCGCCUCAUUCAUCAGAUUCUCCAGAGCAUCAUCGACGCGACGGAGCGCCACCGCACGUGGUCAAUGGAGGAGCCGCUGCACUUAAUGUGGAAGUCGCAGCUGGCGUGUCGCAGUCUGCAUCAGGUGACGGGCAACAUACAACGUAACUUCUACGCUGCCAUCCAACAGGUGUCGGCGCCAGAUAAAGAACUGCUGAACGUCUACCUAAACUCCUCGGCCGUCGAGGACGCUUUUAUGCACGAGCUGGACCCUUCGGUGCUGCUCAACAAGGACAACGAGGACCUCGUGCAGCGUAUUCUGGCAAUGAGCUUCCACGCGUCGAAGGACGCGGUGGUGAGUCGCGAUGAUCUCCAGGCAUUCAAUGCGAUUAUUAUCGUCUUCGAGCUGCUACUCAAAACGCUGUCACAGCUGCUGCCGCCGAUGAUUGAGAUCUACGAGUUUGAGAAGUCGCGCCACAUCGACUUCUUCAAAAAGACAAAAAGCUAA